GUUUCAAUAAUUAAAAAUAAAAUUCUUUCUAUUUUCCUUUUUAUAGGACAAUUAUUAGCAAGAAAAUUUAAUUUAUACGGUAAAUUAACAUCAUCCAUUGUUGAUCAAGAUCUUUUACAUGGUUAUAUUGAUGGUGUUGUUUCAUGUGCAUAUACUGAUGUUAUAUUAAAUAGUUUUCUAUGUAUAGGAUCUAUGGUAGAUUUUAGUGAUGAAAAUAAUCUAAUUUCAACAUCAUUUUAUUAUGAUCAAUUAGAACCAACUAUUGCUGAUUAUUUUGUUUUUGAAGCAUUUACAAUAGCACGUGAUUAUCAUCAUAAAUUAAUACCGAACGAAGAAGAUUGUCAAGAAUUGAUGAAACUUGAACAAAUUAUGAAAGAACGACCAGGAUUAGCUAAUUAUUUUAAUAAAGACUUAUUAUUUAAACGUUUUACAGGAUCUCUAACAGAAAUUUUAUGUGAUUUAUCAUGUUAUGAUUGUUCUGAAGUUGUUUUGGAUUAUAAACUUACAGCUGAAACAGUUCCGACAGAAUUUAAAAACUGCACAAUUGUGACUGAGCAAUCAAAUUGUUAUAUGCAAGUGAAAUGGGAACGAAAUUCCAUAACUACACUUAUGGUAUAUGGUUUUCAAUAUUGGAAAGCAGAUGUUUUGGGUCAUGAUUUACAGGCUACAGUUUCUUUUAGUUAUUUUGACUCACAACCAAAAUCAUUCAAAUUUGUUAAUAAAUUAGAACAACUUCAAUAUCUUCUCGGAAAAGAUGAAGCAUUUGAUGGAAAACAAUGUCUUUUUUUUUCUAAUACAACUCAAUAUCAGAUGUUUUCACUAAAAAAGAGUGAUCCACCGACAUGUAAACAAUGUAUGACUAUAGUAAACAUGACACCAAAAAAGAAAGUUAUAGAGGCAUCAUGUUAUUCGUUACAAACUUCAUUAAACACGGUAAAUCAGCGUGUAGAAUUCGAUAUAAAUGAUCGAACUCGUUCACCUAAUUGGUAUAUAGCUUGUCAACGAGCUAAUUGCAAUACACUUGAUGUUGGAGAUUUAAUUUAUCAAAAUAGUUUAAUUGAUUUUAACUUGGAAAAAUUUAUCGAUAAAACAUCAGCUGGUUUAUCAAUAAGAUUUUCAUCUAGUUUUUUUAUAGUUUUUCAAAAUGCAUUUAAUAAAAUUCAAGCUUUUCUAAUGGUGCCUGGACAAAAAUGGAAUUAA